AAUUAAAACAUACAUAUAUAAAUUGAAGUUAUUUGAAGGGGAAAAUAGUAAAACAAUAAUUACAUUGAACUUUCACACGUGGCUAAUCAAUCAUUCAAAUUUUACAUAGGAGAGUAAUAAGUUAACAUCCAAUCAGAAGGCAGAGAUAUCUUUUUCGCGUAAGCUCGUUUACAACUUGUCACUUCCGGUUCGAGGACGAGAAAUUGACACUUGGGGAAACAGCAGUUAGGGGGAUUUUCAUAUUGAUCCGCCAAUGCUGGAUCAACAAAGUAAAAUUAAUGUUGAAUUCAAACCAUCCAAAAGGAUGAAAAAGCGUCGAGAACUCGAUGCUUUAGUUGGUAACGGCAAAUCACGACGGAAAUCUAAAAGUGGCCACGAGCUCCUCCGUUCUGACAGCGAGUCGUCCGAGAUAGACGAGUUUAGUCUUUCGGCUCAAAAAUCUUUCAUGCGGAAUAAAGGACAUGGCUCAGCAGGAUGCUCAUGUAUAACCGUUUUCGGCAUCUUCCUGGUUGGCACUUGCCUACUAGCAUGUGUGGCUCUGUUGUGGAUGCACUUUCAAAUGAAACGGGACCUUGAUGAAAUGAGAGACAAAAUAUCCUCAGUUGAAUCAAGAAACCAAAAUGGUUUGGGAGAUUAUCAAGAUCUAAGGAACAAAGUUCAGACUGUUAACCAAACAAUCCAGGGGAUCAAGGCUGGAGGUGUUACUGAAACCACACGUAUGAACCAGAGGCUGACAAACAUAACCAAUAAGAUCCACCAAUUGUCCAUGACAACAGAAUCCUUACAAGAUGGACUGAAAGCAGCCCCGGAAAUAAAGCAGAUAGCAAUGAAAGUUCCUGUAGUAGUAUCUACUGCAGCAAAGCUGGGAGUGAAUGUUAAAUCAAUGCAGGCCACUGUUAAUGAUUUGCUGGACUUUCAGAAACAAACAGAAACAGAGCUUAAAACAUUGAUGGAAUCGGUGAGUAAGGUAGCACCUACCACUUCACCCGGAGAUUCCCCCAACAGAAACAGAGAUUUUGAAGAAGACAUACUGAGUAAAUUUAAUGCUAUGACCCAGACCUUGGCUUUUGUAAAUAGUUCUUUGUGGAGCAAGAUAGACAUUCUACAGCAGGAAGUCUCACACAGACAGACAAAGUUUAUGGAGAAUGCUACAAGUUUCCUUAAGAUGACCACGCAGAAGAGCAGUGAUCCUGACUUUGUACUGAGUGGACCUACUCCAUCCUCUGGUGGCAGAGAAGGAGGGGGAAACAGUGAAGAGUUCACUGGGAAGAUGGAGACUCAAGUUUAUAACAUGGUCCACCAGAUGAUUGUGGAUAUGGAAUUGAUGAACAGAACUGAAGCAGAUUCUAAAGCACUAGAUUCGCUACUCUCAAAAAUGGAUAAUGUCACAGCCAUUGUUCAAACUUUGAGAGACCAGUUUGAUCAGGUCAAGCAAGAUCAUGCCUCUGUUGUAAAGUCUGAUGAGUCAGAAGGUGCCAAUGAUGACCAGUUAAAUGACAUGAAACAGGACAUUAGUACACAGAUACAGGCUAUCAACAAGACUGUUGAAGGUCUGAUUCAUGACUUUGGUGCCGUGACCAAACACUACCUGACCAUUCACUCUAACCAGGUGAAGGUCAUGGCCACAGUAGAGGGUCUUAAAAAUUACUUCGGUGUGAUGGAGAAGAAAAUUAACCAGCUCUCUGCAUCUCAGGAACCCUUUGAAACUGAUGACAGUAAUGUUACCAAUCCUGUCCCUAAAACAGAGUCCCCUCAGCAAACUGCUACAGUGGUUAACAAACCACCAGUUACCAACACACCUGAGCAAAGUCCUUUACAAAAUGACACAGUAACUGUUGUCUCCCCUACAUCACCAGCUCCACCUCCACCAACUGCCAGUAAAAUGACAGAAGAUGUCGACUCAGAUAUUCCAAGUACUCAAGCACCACCACCGCCUCCCCCACCACCAACACCAAAUUCAUUGGUGAAGAUUCCAUUCAUCACUAGUUUUUCAGAUCUGGAUUUAGCCUUCAGUCGCUGGGACAAAGAUGGUAACGAGCUAGUGUCACGGGAGGAUAUGAAUGGAUUUAUGCCACAGGUUCCUUCUGAGGAAAAGCUCAAACCUUAUGACAAAAACGAUGACAACCUGUACAGUCUUGAUGAAAUGGCCACAGCCAUGGGCUUUACUACGCCCGAGGAAGAACCACCAACUGAAGAGACGGAGAGUAAUUCUCAGCCUUGAGCCAUGAGAGUGGAGAUGUUAAAUUUGUCUGUGAUAUUCUUAGUCUGUCUGUAUGGCAGACACCCCUAGUGGUUCAGCUAGGACUGGCAAGGUGUCAGACCUUUGUUCAGCCAAGACUGGCGAGGUGUUGGACCUCGGCAGUUGUUGUGCCAAAUAUUACUUUGGUUAUAUCUUAUGAGGCAACAGCGGCAAAACAAACUGGUGUAUAUAAAGAGGAUCAUACUGGGUAAAAUAUCAGAGAAAUUACAAAAAUCUGCAUCAGGUAUUGGGUUACUGUGAAAUAUGUUCUGAUGACAACACUAUAGAAAUAGCUGAUCUCAUUUUAGACAUUUUCUUUGUAAACAGAACUGAUUCCAAAUACAGCCAAGAUAUAUUGUAUAUAGAGUACUAAUGUCACAAAAACAUUUCUCCCAAGAACAACUCUUGUAAAUCUAUUGAUAUUUCAUUAAAAUAUAUGACUAUUGUUCCAAAACAGUGAAUGUCGGUGAUCUAAACACAGAACAGUAUCAAUGAUCCUUUGUCCCACACUGACACCUUGUCUGAUUUCCAUCACUUUCCUUGUCCCAUAUUCAUUUACAACUAGUGAACAUGAAGUGUCAAAAAGAAAUCAAAAAUUGUUUAUUGUUGUAAAUUUGUAUCUUCUAGCUUCAUUUUGAAUUGAUAUGUUAAAGAACAACAUUCCAGUCACUUUUUUGUAACGAUAAAUUGUUUUACGACAUUGUGAGGAAAUUUUGUGAUAUAAUACCCUAUUUUACCUAUCACCUUUCAUGCUUUGCUUCUUCAAUCAUCAUUUACAUUAGAAACAUGUUGAUUAGCAGGGUUAAAUUACACUAAUGAACUUAGAAUCUGUGUCAUGUGUCACAGUAUAUUCUCAUGAUUUGACUUUGAUCUGAUACCCAUUCCUUGAUUUUUAAUUAGAUAUGUGUAUUUGAACUUCUACAGAAGGUUAUUUGUGUACUGCAUACACCUACAUUAUGGUGAAACCUGUCCCAUGGUAAAACACUGUCCCAAACAAAUCCUCUUAAAGUUGAUUCUUUGACAAAAAACAACGAAAUGAUCAAAUUAAAUCAGGUAACAAAAAUACUGGCCAAUGCAUAUGACCGGUCAGAAAUAAGUGAUCAUAUUGCUCAUAUUGCCCCCCACCCCCAUCCCCACUGACAUGUGUUUCUCAUCCCCCACCCCCCAUCCCCACUGACAUGUGUUUCUCAUCUCCCACCCCCUACUCCCACUG